AUGAAUGGCGUUUUACUGAGGCCGCUGACUAAAAUCCAUUGACUGAUCUGGGAAUGCUGAUGGAGAUGGAGCAUCUGUAACCUGCAAUGUGUAGGCAGCAAAGGCUGUACAACAGCAAUUAAUCCUUGUACCAGUGUGGGCCUGCCCUGUAGAAAUAGUCUGCAAUGCUGAGGAUGGAGAGGGGUUAGAAAAGGAAACGAAGCAACGACACAAUCUGUCUCAAGGGCCAUUGUGUGAUUUUUUUUUUUGCUCCCCCUCCUCUGUCUCAUCUUUGCAGCGAAGUGACAAUUGUUUAGCGUUCGGUGGAGGUGAAAUUAAAGCGAUAAACAGCGCUCGGCUACGCACCGGGAGGAGCUACCCACUGAAUAAUUCACCGUCUUCUUGGGGAAUGGGAAGAAAAGCGAGCCCAUGGAAAUAUAUCUGCUGGAUCCAGAUUUACUGAUGACCACCUCUUAACCUACAGUCCCUGCUCAGUUCAAAAGGAUUUGAAACCCUUAAACUGAAUUUGCAAUUUAUUUUCUCUGAAGGACAACCCGUUUGUUUUGAGAAAGGUGGGGCCCCGAAUGAUUCAACUCUGAGGACUGCAGCAGUCAAAAAGGGUCCGGAAUGGCAACAGGAGGUGAGAUGAAUGGCUCAGGGAAUUUAUUGGACUUCCUGGCUGAAGCAGUCCCAGAGGUCGGAAUGUAUGAAGACUUUCACACAAUCGACUGGUUAAGAGAAAAGUCCCGUGAUACUGACAGACAUAGAAAGAUCACAAGCCGCAGUAAGGAGUCGCUAUGGGAACGUAUCAAAGGCUUGUUGGAUGCAUGGUCAGGAUGGGUAGUGAUGUUGCUGAUUGGACUUCUGGCAGGAACUUUGGCUGGAGUGAUCGAUCUGGCUGUUGACUGGAUGACGGACCUGAAGGAGGGAGUCUGUUUGGCCGGGUUCUGGUUCAGUCAUGAACAGUGCUGUUGGACAUCCAACGAGACAACCUUCGAGGACAGGGACAAAUGUCCUCAGUGGAAGACAUGGUCAGAGCUUUUGGCUGGCCAGUCAGAUGGUGCCAGUGCAUAUAUCCUGAACUACCUUAUAUAUGUUCUCUGGGCUUUGCUCUUUGCGUUCCUGGGAGUGUCGCUGGUUAAGAUGUUUGCACCCUACGCAUGUGGCUCUGGAAUUCCUGAGAUCAAGACCAUCCUGAGUGGCUUCAUUAUCAGAGGCUACCUGGGUAAAUGGACCGUACUGAUUAAAACAGUCACGCUGGUUUUAGCUGUGUCUUCGGGACUGAGCCUGGGGAAGGAAGGGCCACUGGUUCAUGUAGCAUGUUGCUGCGGCAACCUGUUCUGCUGCUUGUUUUCCAAGUACAGCAAGAAUGAAGGGAAGAGGAGAGAGGUGCUGUCAGCUGCUGCUGCGGCAGGGGUCUCUGUUGCGUUCGGUGCUCCCAUCGGCGGUGUACUGUUCAGUUUGGAAGAGGUCAGUUACUACUUCCCGUUGAAGACGCUCUGGAGAUCAUUCUUCGCUGCUUUGGUGGCUGCUUUCACGCUGCGCUCCAUCAACCCGUUCGGUAACAGCCGGCUGGUGCUGUUUUACGUGGAGUACCAUACCCCCUGGUACAUGGCCGAACUGGUGCCUUUCAUUUUCCUCGGGGUAUUUGGCGGCCUGUGGGGAACGCUGUUCAUCCGGGGAAACAUCGCGUGGUGUCGGAAACGCAAGAACACGAAGCUGGGAAGGUACCCGGUGCUGGAGGUGAUUAUGGUCACCGCCAUCACAGCCAUCUUUUCCUUUCCGAAUCAGUACACCCGGCAGAGUACCAGUGAGCUCAUCUCAGAGCUCUUCAAUGACUGUGGAGCGCUCGAAUCCUCACAGCUCUGUGACUACAUCAAUGACCCGAACAUGACUCGGCCAGUGGAUGACAUCCCAGACAGGCCAGCUGGUCCUGGGGUCUACGCAGCCAUAUGGCAGUUAGCUCUUGCACUGGUCUUCAAAAUCGUCAUCACCAUAUUCACUUUUGGCAUGAAGAUGCCGUCAGGACUGUUUAUUCCAAGCAUGGCUGUCGGAGCCAUAGCUGGCAGAAUGGUUGGUAUUGGUGUGGAGCAGAUGGCCUAUCACCACCAUGACUGGUUCAUCUUCAGAAGCUGGUGCAGGCCUGGUGCAGACUGUGUCACCCCAGGGCUGUAUGCUAUGGUUGGUGCUGCUGCGUGCCUUGGUGGAGUCACUCGUAUGACGGUGUCCCUGGUUGUGAUCAUGUUCGAGCUAACUGGCGGAUUGGAGUACAUUGUACCAUUAAUGGCUGCAGCGGUGACCAGCAAGUGGGUGGCAGAUGCCUUUGGGAAAGUGGGUAUCUACGAAGCGCACAUCCACUUGAAUGGCUACCCUUUCUUGGAUUCAAAGGAUGAGUUCAGGCACAGGACCCUGGCAACGGACGUGAUGAGGCCAAGACGGACUGAGCCCCCACUCUCUGUCUUGACCCAAAGCAGUAUGACAGUGGAGGAUGUGGAGACCCUUAUUAAAGAGACAGAUUACAAUGGCUUCCCUGUGGUCGUCACUAAGGAAUCGGAGCGGCUCAUUGGCUUCGUCCAAAGAAGGGAUCUCAUUCCCGCAAUCAAAAACGCAAGAAAGGUACAAGACGGAGUGGUCAGCAACUCGAUUGUGUAUUUCACUGAAGAUCCGCCACCGUUACUUGGCAACAGCCCAUGCCCACUCAAGCUGCGGAGGAUUCUCAACCUGAGCCCCUUCACGGUAACGGACCACACGCCCAUGGAGACGGUGGUGGACAUAUUCCGUAAACUUGGUCUCCGGCAGUGCCUGGUCACCCGCAGCGGACGUCUCUUGGGCAUCUUAACUAAAAAAGACGUACUGAGGCACAUGGCCCAAAUGGCAAAUCAGGACCCUGAAUCCAUCAUGUUCAAUUGACCACUCGUGUGGUCACAAUGCUGCCUUGCCCAGUUCAAUUUUCGAAGCUAAAUGGCAGGACAAACUCUCAGGACAUGGUGGCUUUUCAGUGAACGGAAAGUCUAAUCACAGGAUCAACAGAACUUCUCUCAAAAACAGACUUGUUCAGAAGAGGAGCAGUCAGCAAUGCACUGAUUAAAGACUGAGUCAUGGCGAGUUCAUUGUGUUCCUUCGGAUGACUGAAGAGCCAAAGCCGCAGCUCUAUUGUAGAGUGUGAUGUUGUGGUGGAUGAUGUAUCUGAUGUUAACUGGCCAGCUUUGUCGGAGAAUUGCGCCCACUAGGGGUAAAACAGUAGAGAUUAAUAAAUGUAAUAGCAUGUUGAUAUUGGUCAGUGGUGUAGCAAACACUAGGUAAGAGCUACUGUGCCAGGCAAAAAUAGGGAAUAAUCCUUCAAUCUGUUUGGAUUGAUGCUUAAUAUAGAAAAUGCCAGUAUUAAAAAAAAAGCUUGCAUAAUUUCCUCACUUACCCAUCAAGUUCAGAAGAAGUGCGAUGAGUAACAAUAAAUUGUGUUCACAUCAACGCGUUAUAUAGAAUUCUGCAGCCCAAUUGGUCUGUGUUAAGGCUUAUGAUCCACUUGAGCCUCAGCCUUUCCAAUCUCUUUUCAAACUAUAAACAUCUCCUUCGAUUCAUUUCCCCUCAUGUGUUUACCUUCCCCUUAAAUCCAUUGGUGUGAAGAAACUCCACCCCAGCCUUAGCAACCACAAUUUAACUUGAUCAGCUAAUGGUAUAAUUGAAGUGAAUAUGCACUGCCCCCACUUCAAGGUCAGUGUAACUUUCUUGUGAAGGGUGAGCACAGACCUGGGAACAGUAUUCUAAAUGCGAGCUAACUGGAGCAGUGUAGCUUCCAUCCCUUAGUAUCUCGGUCCUUAUGAGCUAAAGGCUAUCAAGUUAUGUUGAGAAACAUUAGACAGUUUCAGAAGGUAGGAGCUGAACUAUGCCAACAGAAUUCCUCACUGUGCCAAGUUUUAUAAUUGACUGCUGUUGACUCAGAACUCUGUAUCUAGUUGUGCACCUUGAGGAUUUGAUCUGUCAGGGGGCCCACAGGAUGUUCCAUGCAUUCAAAACGAAAAUCUUGCAGAAAGCAAUCAGAAACACGGUUCCCAUUGUGUAAAGCUCUCCUACAGUUGCUUUCAAAGAUAAAAUGAAUGCUUUGGUGUUAAUACAUUGGCACUGUAUCAAACAAGGACUGUUCUUAGUACAUCAUCUACGUCUGUUUUGGGAAAAAGAUGCAAAAUGACACAAUUGUUUGCAUCGUGAAAUUUGUUAAAUCAGUAACGUUACUCAUGAUGUGCUUCACAGGUAAAACUAAGCUGAAGUUGCUGAUAGGCAGUGAAUUGUGAACUAUAUUGUAUUAAUGUCAGUGUGUCAAUCCAGGGUAAUUUUCUUUCAAAUUCCAUUCUCCUGUGUUCAAUUACUUAUUUUAAUACGGGAUGUAUUCAUAAUUUAGUUGCCAUAUCGGGAAGAUUGCUUGUACCUACUUCAAUAGAUUUCUUGCAUUCCUAACUGUUGCGUUGUACAACUUGCUUCGUUUGGACACCAUCAAAAUUGACCAGCAAUUGCCCACAGUUAAACCAUUUCUCUUGCCAAAACAUACCAUGAGUUUCACCCUGAAGAUCCAUGUAUCGAGGAAAUUGAAGCCUCGUUAUUGAACAAUUUCACAAUGAUGGUUGGCUGCUCACCUGCCUUUCUCUGCUGUCUUCUCUCUAUGGAGCAGACUUCUCAAGCUGCAAUUGGCAUCCCAGUAUAUUUAAUCACUUCCAGCAGAGCUCCUGGAGACUGUUGCCCUCCCAUGGCUGUGACAGUCCCCUACCCUACUGCUGUUUGCGAUCUCUACAUCCCUCCAAUUCUUUCCUUUUGCACACACCAGAUUUUCACCACUCCACCACCAAUGGCCGUGCCGUUGGCUUCUCAGGCCCCAAGCUCUGGAAACUCCUCCUUUAACU